AUGAAGUUCAUUCAGUCCGAUCAGAUCUUGGAAAUUCCAGAGGGUGUUACCGUCAACAUCAAAGCCAGAACCAUCAAGGUCACCGGUCCAAGAGGUGAGUUGACCAAGGACUUGAAGCACAUCGAUGUUACUUUCCAGAAGUUGUCUGACAGAGCUAUCAAGAUCAUCGUUCUCCACGGCGACAGAAAGCACGUUGCUGCUUUGAGAACUGUCAAGUCUUUGAUUGCUAACUUGAUCACUGGUGUCACCAAGGGCUACAAGUACAAGAUGAGAUAUGUCUAUGCCCAUUUCCCUAUCAACGUGAACUUUGUUGAGAUUGACGGUCAGAAGUACGUGGAGAUCAGAAACUUCUUGGGUGAAAAGAAGGUUAGACACGUGAAGAUUUUUGAUGGUGUUUCCAUGGAGCAGUCCACAGCCCAGAAGGAUGAGUUGAUCAUCACUGGUAACUCUUUGGAAGCUGUCUCCCAGAACGCUGCCGACAUCAAUCAGAUCUGCAGAGUCAGAAACAAGGAUAUCCGUAAGUUCUUGGAUGGUAUCUACGUUUCUGAACGUGGUUUGAUUGAUGACAGCGCUUAA